CUGCGGGGGCUGGGGGAGCUGCGCCGCCUCUACCUGGACCGCAACCGGCUGCAGGAGGUGAGCGCCGAGGCCUUCCGCCCGGUGCAGGCCUCCCUGGGCGUGCUGGACCUGCGCGCCAACGCCCUGCGGUACAUCAGCCAGCGGCCGCGCCAGCGGCCGCUCUUCCAUCUUCCAGGGCCUGACCGCCCCCUCUACCUGGCCCAGAACUGGCUGCUGGCCAUCCCCGCCGACGCCUUCGCGACCCGGCCCCAGCUGCGCUACCUGACGCCGGCCGCCCGGCUGGCCCAGACCUGGCUGCUGGCCAUCCCCGCCGACGCCUUCGACGACCUGGCCCAGCUGCGCUACCUGACGCUGGCCGACAGCAGCGGCGGGAUGGGCGACCUGCCCGCCGGCGUCUUCAAGAACCUGAGCCGCCUGCGCAGCCUGGACCUGGAGAACGCGGGGCUGCGCAGCCUGGGCCCCGAGGUCUUCGGCAACCUCAGCCAGCUGGAGCGGCUGCGGCUGGCCAAGAACGAGCUGCGCACCCUCGACUGGCGCCUGGACGGCCAGCUGCCCGCCCUGCGCUACCUGGACCUGCGCAAGUGCCCGCUGAGCUGCGCCUGCGCCAACGCCUGGCUGCCGGGCUGGCUGGGCCGCAGCCGGGUGCAGGUGGUCUACCUCUACAACUACAGCUGCGGCGGCAGCGGGCCCCCCGCCUACCUGCACAGCUUCGACACCCGCGUCUGCUUCCUGGACGUGGGGUUCUACCUCUUCGCCGGCACCGCCCGGGGGGUGCUGCUGCUGCUGGCGCUGCCGCUGCUGCACCACCGCGCCUACUGGCGCCUCCGGUACUACUUCUACCUGCUGCGCGCCUGGGCCAACGGGCGCUGGCGGCGGGAGGAGCGCCGCUACGCCUACGACAGCUUCGUCUCCUACAACUCGGCCGACGAGGGCUGGGUGCUGGGGGAGCUGGUCCCCGAGCUGGAGCGGGCCUCCCUGCGCCUCUGCCUGCACCACCGCGACUUCAGCCCCGGCAGGGCCAUCAUCGACAACAUCGUCGACGGCAUCUACAACAGCCGCAAGACGGUCUGCGUGGUCAGCCGCAGCUACCUGCGCAGCGAGUGGUGCUCCCUGGAGAUCCAGCUGGCCAGCUACCGCCUCUUCGACGAGCUCAAGGACGUCCUGGUCCUCGUCUUCCUGGAGGCCAUCCCCGACGCCGAGCUCUCCGCCUACCACCGCAUGCGCCGGGUGCUGCUCAAGCGGACCUACCUGCGCUGGCCCCCCGAGCCCCAGGCCCAGCAGCUCUUCUGGGCCAAGCUGAAGUGCGCCCUCCGGAGCGGCUACGCCGAGGAGGAGGAAGAGGAG